GCCGGGCUGGGCCGGCCAGAGCCCGGCUGCUCGCGCUGCCUCCCCUUCCCCGCUGGGCGGGCGCCGGACUGCCGCGGCGGUGCAAGGGGCAGCUGGGGGCCAGGAGCAGGGCCAUGAAGGUGAAGAAGGGCAGCGGCGGCGGCGGCGGGGCCGGAGCCGCGGCCGGGUCGGACCCUGGGCCGGGGGCCACGGGCUGCAAGGACGACGAGUCGGAAUCGGAGCCGGAGCCCCUGGCGCUGCGGCGGAAGGCGCUGAUCGGGCCCGAGGAUGUGCUGGGGCUACAGCGCAUCACGUGCGAUUACCUCUGCUCUCCAGAGGAGAACAUCUACAAGAUUGAUUUCACCAGAUUCAAGAUUCGGGACAUGGAGUCGGGCACUGUCCUUUUUGAGAUCAGCAAGCCCCCUGCUUCCGAAAGGGACCUUAGUGACAGGCGAGAUAUGGAUCCCAACGCUGGCCGCUUUGUCCGCUACCAGUUCACCCCAGCCUUCCUCCGUCUGCGGCAGGUUGGAGCCACUGUGGAGUUCACAGUAGGAGACAAGCCCAUCAAUAAUUUCCGGAUGAUUGAGAGGCACUACUUUCGGAACCAACUUCUCAAGAGCUUUGACUUCGAGUUUGGCUUCUGCAUCCCCAGGAGCAAGAACACCUGUGAACACAUCUACGAGUUUCCCCCGCUGUCGGAGGAGCUAAUCAGUGAGAUGAUCCGGCACCCCUACGAGACGCAGUCCGACAGCUUUUACUUUGUAGACAACAAGCUGGUGAUGCACAACAAGGCGGAUUACUCGUACAGUGGGGGGCCGUGACUCCCCCGGACCGAGCCUCCAACUCUCCCUCCACCCCGGUUCCUGGCCCUUCCCUCCAUCGAGCAGAUGGUGUGCUUGCCCUUUCCUGCCCCAGGAGAGUGGGGCUGGGUCCUCCCUUGUCACAAACCCCUUCUGUUGAAAGUCUUGGAGGCCCCUGGUCCUGGAGUGAGAAAUGGGCCCCUUCCAUCUCUCCCCUGCUGGCCUCCUCCCAGAUGCUCGACGGAUGCAUUGCGGGGUCUCUGAGUUAGGGGAAGACAUGUCCCCAGGGAGGCCCUGGGGAGAAGGGGAGGCUGAGGGGAGGCCGUUGGGCCAGGAUUUGGGAGUUUGGGGGUCCCAGGCACUGGAGAAGUUUGGCAGAAUCCUCUCGACGUAGGAUAGCGCAAUGGGGGAUAAGGAUUCCACUUCCAGUCCAACCCAGUAGGGGGAGAGUUGGAAACAGUAGCAGCCAGUCCCCUCCAUUAGUGAUUCUCUUUGUACCUUUCUCGUUCUUCUUGCCCAAUGACUUCCCAGGGAAGGGACCUUUUUGUGUUAAAACUCGUCUCUCUCAUUGUCUGGCUGCUCUGGGGGCGGCACCUCCGGGCCAAGCCACUCCCCGGGCGGCCUCCCUCUGCUCCCCUCAGCCCCACCAUCCCAGAAGCAUCCCUGUGCUUCCUCAUCCUGCCUCAACAUCUCUUCCUUCUCCUGCCAUUUCUGGGCCUUCUGGGCUGGUGUUUCACCCCUGGAGGCCCCAGGUUGGAAAGUGUCCCAUCUAAGAGGGGAACAGAGCCUGGCCUUGUGGGAGACACCUUAUCUCAGAAGGGACAUAGAGUCAGGUCUUUGGGCCCAAAGCCCGGGGCUGUUUCCUCUUGGAUGGUCACUGUAGCCAAGUACAAGGGGGGCAAAAAUUAGGAGCAGCAGAGGUCGCUCUUGUCCAGGGGACAGUGUCAGGGUGGACACCCCUUGGAUAUUAAACUGCCCCAGCUCAGUGACUCCCUGGGAUUUUGAGAUUUUCCCUCCCAAACAGAGAAAAUGAGGACUCCUUCCACCUUCCAGCUGCUGUGAGGUCUGGGAUCCCAGGAGUCUUGUUCCCGAGCUCAGCGACCCAUGAGUCCGGUAUUCUCACUUUACAAAUUAAGAACCUCGGCCGUCUUCUGUACCAGCUGUUCAGGAAGGGUCAGGCUGGAAGCAGAGCCUAUAGGGCAUGUAGAGCACAGCAGGAUGAGGUGGGCUCCUCGGGAAGGUGUAGACUGCCCCAGUGCUGAGCUGGCCUGACCUGCUGCCACAUGUGGGCCUCUGAUUUGCACCAUGAGGCCUAGAGAAGAGGGAUGACCCUUAGAGGCAGACCUCCCUUUAUUUUGGGGCCUAGGGAAGAAGGAUGACCCUUAGAGGCAGACCCCUUUUAUUUUGGGGCCUAGAGAAGACCCUUAGAGGCAGACCCCCUUUAUUUUGGGGCCUAAAGAAGGAUAACCCUUAGAGGCAGACCUCCCUUUAUUUUGGGGCCUAGGGAAGAAGGAUGACCCUUAGAAGCAGACCCCCUUUUAUUUUGGGGCCUAGGGAAGAAGGAUGAUCCUUAGAGGCGGACCCCCUUUAUUUUGGGGCCCAGAGAAGAAGGAUGACCCUUAGAGACAGACCCCCUUUAUUUUACAUCUAAGGAACAGACCAGGAGAGAGGCAGUGGUUCUCCAUUAGAUCUGGGACCAGAAUAUACCCAUUGCAGCUGUCCACUGCUCAGACUCUCCUUCCUUCAGGUGUUCCCCAUCACUCUUUUUACCAUCAAAAGAGAACAGCAUCGCCCUCGUUAGCCCUUUUGCCUGCUCUGGGAUUCUCUCCUUGCAGGACUGGCUGAAGAGGACCAUUUGUCUUGUCUUUGCCUUCUUAACUCUCUUCCCAGACUCCCUUUGUCCUUGCCUGUGAAUUAUCAAGCACUGGGUAAAGUGCUGGGGAUGCAGGUAGAGGCAGGCUGGGUAAUCUCUGCCCUCUGGAGCUGACUUUCAAAAAGGGGUUACAGAAGGAGGGCAGGGAUGGCUACAGAGGGGGAAUUGGACUGGAUCGAGUCAGAGGAAAUGGGAGUCUGGAUACGUCCUAGGGAAAAAAUCCGAUGAAGGAAUGAAGAGAUUCUUGGGUUCCCAGGGGCAUCUCUUCGACACUCAUAGAUGCAGAGAGAAGCAGGGUAAGAGGGGUAUUCCCAGGUAGAGAGAGUUUAGGCAACGAGGGCGUUUGUCCAUCUCUUCCACCUCUUGUACCAGUAAGGUGGGCGGCAGCGAGCAGGGCUAUCUGGAGAAUUAAUCCUGAACUCAGAAGAACUGGAAAGAGUAGGAAGGAAGGGAAAACGAUCCCUGUAAUGAAAAACAAGGUUUCUUGUAUGUCUGGGAUCGGCGGUCCAAGGUUCUGACAACCAGCAGAACCGAGGGAGGUUCAGCUGUAUGCGGAACAGCAGUGGGCUAAGGGCAGCGGGAAAGUUGAGGGGAGAGACCAGGAGGGAUUUCCCCAUGUGGAAAUGUUGAGGAGGGGGAAGGGGCAGCUUCAGGGUACAGGAGGCAUCUGUAUUCAGGGCAGUUCCUUGGCAUGUAUGCCAAGUCUCUGGAUCGGCCUGAAUGCAGGGCUGACUUCCAGGGUUACAGGAGAGAACCAGACAAUAACAAAGUUGUUACACGGGGAACUGGGGAAAAGGGGUGUGUGUGUGUGUGUGUGUGUGUGUGCGCGUGCGCGCACGCUUGCAGCACUCAGUGCAUGGGGAGAAGGGAGGGUGUUCAUCUGCCCUUUGGGUCAUGGCAGACAAAGGCACUAUGGUAAGAAUUAGUGGACUGGCUCUGGAGUCAAACUGCGUUCAAACCCGACCUUUGCUGUUACCUGUGUGGCCUCCUUGGGUCUCAGUUUCCUCAGUUGUAAAAUGAGGUUGGACUUGAUGGCCCUUCCAGCUCUGGAUCUAUUAUCUUUCUGAGCACAAAAGCAAAACCCUAAUUCCCCACCCAGCUCAAGUACGAGCGGUGGAGAGCCAACCAUGUCUGUGUGUCUGUGGUGGUGGUCAACCAUGUCUGUGUGUGUGUGUGUGUGUGUGUGUGUGUGUGUCUGCGAGGGGCACCCAGUGGAAAUGGCUGUCUCGGAGGGUCCAGGCUUUGCGAUGGAAUCGGGAGGUUCGUUCUGAGUUAAGCCCCAGGACCGGAAGGAACACUGCUCUCUUUCCCCUGGAAUGGCGCAAGAGACUUAAGAAGGGGAGGGUGUAUUUUCUAAUUCAAUUCGAGAAAUCUUUAUUAAGCAGCCACCCUGUGACAUCAAGGCAGAAGCGAUCUAUCUGGUCCCCCCUGCCUUGGGGGGCUUCCAUUCCACGGGGAGCCACAGCAAACCCACAGAACAGUACACAGUUCACUUCUCCAGGGGGUAUGUGGGUAUAUAUUUCAGAGGAAACUCUCUUGUAACAAUGACUGGUAACACGAUGCUUUAAGGUUUCCAAAGCACUUUAUGUCUAUUAUUUAGAGAGGGGAGAUUUGGUGCGAAGGCAGGGUCCAGGAUGGGGCGGCACCCCAAUGGCUGGGGACCAGAGGGAGGGUGCUUGUAGUGUGUAAGGGUCUCGUUUUCAGUUUGGAGGGCCUGCCCUCAGGCCGGGGUAGAGAGUAGCUGGGGACGUGGUAGGAAUCAUGCGCCAGCUCUGCUGCUAGUUAGCUGUGACCUUGGGUAUGUCCCUUUACUUCUGGCUCUCGGGGUCCUCUGGAAAGUAGGGGGUGGACCGGUUUCCAAGGUCCCUUCCCGCUCCAACACAGUCUGUUGUCCGGCAGCCGGGGCUGGGCUGGAGCUUAGUCGGGGCGUUGAGUCGGUCCCCAAGGGGCUGGGGAGGGAGCAGACCUCUCCCUGGUGGCCCCGGCCCCUUCUCGGGACUCCCCAUUUCGUGUCCCCUUUCCGGGGGCACCAUUCCAACCCCCGGCCGUGUGUCGGGACAGACCCUUCCCUGUCCGGGAGCGCCCCCCGGGUCCCCGAGCCGCUCGCCCGCGCUCCAGGGGAAGCUUCAUGAAUUGGACCGUUGCUUUGCCAUAAUCAGAAUUCGGUCAUGUUCCAGUUUCUGAAACCGAGACCUUUUAACUUCCAGCUCCAUUAAAUUUCCUUUCUGUUUCUCAGGUA